AAAUAACACACGGGGUCGGCUCCAAUACAAAAGAAUGAAAAGAGCCCAGUUUCUGUUGUGCGAACUGAACCUGUAAAAGGAGUAUUCAUAUCACCGCAGUGCGGAAUCGACUCAUGCAUGAUUGGUGUUUUAGAAGGUUGCCCAAAUUGACAAGAAUAAUGGAGUAAUAUUGAUGGCUGGUUGGUAUUGCUGCAUACAUUAUACAAAAAAAAAACUGUUGUAUUUACAUGCUCAUCAAAACACAUUCGGCAUGCAGGAGGCAGUCACUGCGAUCAGAACGCUUAUACAUGAAAUCUAUAUAAUCGUCGAUCGGGCAAUUUCCGUCACUGAGUUUUGAAGCCUUGAGGCUCAUUUGUGAUCGACCUUAAAUACUGGCCAUGAAUCCCUUUUUUCUUCUUCAAUGAAAGUGACCUUGAUAAUAGAGGAAUCAAACCUUAAUUGAAUAGUGACAGUCUGCCUGUAGACUGGUAGAAGAUGAUGUCAGGAUUUCAAAUGAUGAUGUAUGCUGACAAACUAGUCGAGAUGGUUCCCCUGAUAACAGGCAUGCUGCUAAUACCUACAUGCUAUGGACAAACACAGGAUAACAACGUUUCAUCAGAUGGUCAAAUCGACACACCACCAUACCUAUAUUUUUCGGAUGGAUUAAUCAUCGCCUUGUCUGUCAUUGCUGCAAUCAUCUUUAUUAUUCUAUUUAUUAUUAUCUUCAAGGUUAUGUACAAAGUGGAGACAGCUCCCCCACCAGUCCAGCAACGACACGGGAUCUCCGAAAGUAGGAAUUUAAGACUUGAAAAUAUGUCGGGAGUUUGACUGAAAAUCAUGUCAACACUAGACAAGCAAAUCAGACAAUUCCCCCAAAACAACGGAACUUACAUCUGAAGGCGAUAUAUCCCGAAUUACCAAGAAUCGGGAGUCGGGAAUCGGACUCUGCGAUCGGGAGCCAUGUUGAUUUUACAACAAUAUAUCCCUGGAACAGGAAUCUGAUGAUUGGUGGUGUUUGGAUCUGAGUGUCAGGAUCAGAAUGGACAAUGAAAGAAGAUGAUCGAAGUCAAGAAUGUUAUACCCCCAUUACACCAACGCUACGUCCAUGCAGUUCUCGCUACGUCCAAAAAAAAUGGCCAUGACGCAGUGGGAACUGCUGCAGCGUACUGAGAGCGUAUUAUACCGAGAACUGAUAUUGACGUGGCUUAGUUUGCAUGAUCUCCGGAGACAAAUUUUCCGCUACGUGGACUUUGAACAUGUCCAAAGUCCACAUAGCGGGAGCGCCGUUUGAGCAGUGCGUAGUACUGGCGCACUAAGGACCUUCUUAUCGCGUACUAAAAGUUCCAUCGACGCAACAUAGACGUUGCGGACACGGAAAGAACGUAACAACCACUCCACCAUGUCUUCCUCCUGUUCAGGCCUGAGGUCAGUGAAGAUCUUAAAUGAGGGCAUUAGCAUUCACAUCAAAAUG